AUGUGUGGUAGGAAUCCAUCUUACGGAUGGACAUCAUUACAAGCUGGUAAAGACUUGCUAAAACAAGGUUUGCAAAGUAGAUUGGGAAAUGGAAAGGAAACGAAUGUUUGGUUAGACCAUUGGCUACCAGUCUUGCCUCCACGUUUAGCACAAGGAAAUGUUCAACAUUUGAAUAUGAAGGUCGAGGAGUUAUGGAAACAGGGGGAGAAGUCGUGGGAUGAGAAUCUACUCAGGUCUGUUCUCACCCAUGAAGAUGCAGAGUUGGCAAAAAAUAUCAGAUUGUCAAGAUUUGCCAUCCACGAUAAACGCAUUUGGUCAUAUACUUCAACGGCUGAAUAUACUGUGAAGUCAGGGUAUUGGGUGGCAACUCAUCUGGUUCCAGAUAAUGAGAAGAUUGAACCACCAGCGGGGUCGUUAGAGGUUAAAAAGAAGAUAUGGAGGGUUAAGAUGGAGCCAAAAAUUCAGCAUUUCAUCUGGAAAGCGGUUGCAGGGGCUAUUCCAUCAUCAGAAAGGUUAUGUUCCAAAACACUUGAUAUUGAUCCCGUAUGCCAACGUUGCAGUAAAGAGCAUGAAACAAUAAAUCACCUAUUGUUUCAUUGUCAUCAUGUGAAAGCUAUUUGGAGAGGUGCAAGGUUUGCAGAGUUUGACAAUCCUAAUUCUACCCUUGAAGAUAAUAUAAGGAUGAUGCUACAGAUAAACGAAAGAUCUACAUUGAGAGUAGAAGAUCGGUUUUUACCGUUUUGGAUUGUGUGGAAGAUAUGGAAAUCACGAAAUGAAUUUAUCUUUACUCAGAAAAGUACUCAAGCUGCGGAGGAUGUUUUGAAAAGUAUGGAAGCAGUGGCGGGGUGGAUAUUAGCAAAACCAAUCUCUCCAAUUCAACACAAUAUUCAAACGCAAGGUAUCUCUGCAACUUGGGAACCACCACCUUUGGGCUGGCUAAAAUGCAAUUUUGAUAGCUCGAUAGAUAAUGACUAUAUGGGAGUAGGAUGGAUUAUCAGAGAUGAGUAUGGUCAUUAUAUUGAAUCAGGAUGGGCUAGAUUAGAGAACGUGGGAUCCAUAUUAGAAGCUGAAGGAAAUGGAUUUCUGUAUGUGGUUCAGAGAGUAUGGCAGAAGGGAUUCAGACAAGUUUGGUUUGAGGGAGAUAAUCUACAAUUGGUAAACAUCAUUAACAAGCAGAAAGAUAGCUUGGUGUUGGUAAACCUGUUAGUGGACAUUUAUCAUUGGAUCAGCAAGCUACCACUUUGUUCAUUGGAUCAUGUUGGUGAGAGAAGAAUAUGGUGGCCGACAAAUUAG